CUUUAUUGUUAUGGUUUUUGUUGCAGCAUCUGAUGACACUUAUUCACAUACACAAACAUGCAUAAAAUAUACAGAAUAAACAAUAAAUAUGAAUAUUAUGCAUACUGUAUAACACCUAUACCCAACUUUAAAAUGCAAAAUACACAAUAUUACAAUAUUUAUAGGCCACUCACUAACUUGUCUUCAGCAUUUGUGAUAAAAGAUCUGAAAACUCGUACAAUCCUAAAUUAUGAGCUCUUUAUCACCGUCCUGAAGGAAAAACUUCAACUUUCAAAAUAGGGUUAAUUAAACAAGCAUCAAGUUAAAAAACAUGAACAUUUUGCUGUCUAUCUGCACUACGAAUGUAAAUUCAAAUUCUGGUUUGAUGUUCUGUUUUGAAAUAUACAAAAUAAUUAGCAUGAAAUUUAAAUCCUCAGUUGCUGUUUUUCAGGAAAAAACAAAUGUUAUGCAGAUAUUUCAGCAACUUCAGUUUACCUAACCAAGCCUGUAUUCAACAGAUCACUUAUUAAUCACUUAUUAAUCACUUAUUAAUCACUUAUUAAGUCUUUAACAAUCCACAACACUCAGUAUUUCUAAAGACCACUCUUUAAUGCCUUUUAAAAGUGUGCUGUUAUUUGUACAGUGUCUCAGACUUUGCUUUAGUCUCAAUAUGAAGGUGGCAUGCUGGCAAAUAUUUCAUCAGCUGCUGAAUUAAAAUCAAAUCAAUGGUUGCACUUAAGAAACUAAACCUUUGUUCUCAGAUUUCAUGUUAAUGCCAUGGGGAAAUAAUAUACGACACGUACAUUGUUAGAAACUUUUGAAUAGAAUGUGUUCACUCUAAAUCCUCUUUAUACAAGAGUAAAACACAGUUAAGAUACAGAAUUAGAGUUUUCUCCUCAGGAUAAAUCACUUGUGUUUUAGGAUGCCUCCUUUGUAUGUCACUUUGGAUAGAAGCAGAUCGGCGUCACAUGCAGUUCAGUUUACCAGAUACCUGUCAGAACAUCACAAUGAUAGUGGCUCCAUUUGUAAAUGUUUUUCUCUACCAACCAACCAACAAACCAACCAACUUUUGCUCCCUGAGACACAAAUGAGAAAUGCGACAACUGAAACGGUUUGUGAUCUUUUCUGGCUCCUUGUGCUCCAAAUGGCAUCUACAUCCUUUAAAUCAUUUAAUACCACCAUGUACAUUUUCUUUUUAAUGUUCUUAAUUACAUUAUAGACAAAAGAAGACGAUGAUAAUAAUGUUGGCUAAUCAUUAUUAAGAAAUAUGAAUGAAGCAGAUGAAGCCGGUGAAGUAAUAAAAGACAUUUCAUUUGAAAAAUAAAACGAGAAGAUUCUAUAAAUUUGAAAACAAAUGAGAAAACCAUAAAUUGCAUAAUUCAUAUUAUUUUAAUGAGUUUUAUGCUACAAAUGAAACUUGUGCAGCCCAUUGAAUCAAUACUAGUGUUGCUUUAAAAGUCAAAGGUCAACUAAGAGGGAUCGUUUGCAUGAAUAAAAUAUCCAAAAGUGUUGUUGAUUUUCUCCAAAAUAUGUUUUGAAUAUAAAUCUUUAAAAAUCAAAGUGAUGCAAAGUCUAAUUCCGUUUCUCCCCAUCUUGUGGUUUACACGACACAUUUGGUGGAAAUAAAGCCGUUUGCCAAUAUAAUGACAUGAAUUGAAAAAGUGUUGUCCAAUAACAGAUCUGAAAUUAGCCCUCCAAUCAAAAAAAGAAGUGUCUGUUCUGUGUAUAUAUAUAAACGACAAGCACACAGCCUAUGGGCUUUCAGAAAGAAAUAAUCGUGUAAAUGAAAAUACCUUGAGCCCUCCUCUAAUCUGUUCAAUCCUUUUUAUCUGGGGAUUCAGAGCAGAGUGAACACAAAGUGUUUGAGAGAGACACUGAUGCUGCCUGUGCUGUGGUAAAAACAGCCUCGAUCAACUCCAGCGCUGUAGCUAGAACUGAUAGACUAGAAGAUGGUUGGCCGUGUGUUUUUGGCUUUGGUGCUGCUGUCCUGUGUCCUUCCGUGUCCCGUCAAUGGCUGUCCAGCUCAGUGCAGCUGCUUCUACCACAAACUGAGCGACGGCUCCAAAUCCAGGAGCGUUGUGUGUAAUGACCCUGAACUCACGGUUAUCCCAAACAACUUUCCCUUGGACACUUCCAAACUCCGCAUUGAGAAAACCACCAUCAGUCGGAUCACCACAGAAACCUUUCAUUACCUCAGCAGUCUGGAAUAUCUCUGGAUGUCCUUCAACUCGCUCUCUGCCGUAAGCGUGGAUGCUUUCCGUGGACUUUAUGCCUUGGAUGAAUUACGGAUGGAUGGGAAUGUUCUCACUUCUUUUCCAUGGGAAUGUUUGAUGGAUAUGCCGAGUCUUCAGCUUCUGGAUUUACACAACAAUAAGAUCAGCAGCAUCCCAGCCGAAGCGACCAUUUACAUUAAAAACCUGACAUAUCUGGAUCUGUCGAGCAACAGUCUGGCCACCAUUCCAGCAGAAGUUCUUUCUUCAUGGUUUUCUCUGAAAGCUCCUCAGGAAACAGAGAAUUCCAAAAUGAUAUUGGGUCUCCAUGACAACCCCUGGCAGUGUGACUGUCGUCUGUUUGAUUUGAUGCAGUUCCAAAAGUUUCCUUCAUCGUCCGUGGUGUUCAUCGAUACUCGUCUGCACUGCGCAGAACCAGAGAGCCUGUCGGGAGUUUUGUUUUCCAAUACGGAGCUCCGAAAAUGUCAGAUUCCACGAGUGCACACGGCCGUCGCACGAGUCCGUAGCUCCAUCGGCAACAAUGUCCUGCUGCGCUGCGGGACCAUCGGAGUGCCAAUCCCGGAGCUGUCCUGGUCACGAGCCGAUGGCAAACCCAUGACCGGCACUGUUCAACAGGAAGUGUCUAAAGAGGGCAUCAUCUGGUCAAUCCUCAGUGUUCCUGCCGUUUCGUACCGAGAUUCUGGAAAAUACGUUUGCAGAGCCACCAACUUUGUCGGGAGCGCGGAUGCCAUUAUCUCGCUCGUCAUCUCUGAUACGUGGCAAAUUGACGAAGCGGUCGCCAAGAGAAACCGAGGCAAGAAAAAUGGUGGAAUUGGACGUGCAGCAUACCAAGAAAAACUCAUCGCCAGGUAUGUGCCACCUGCCUCAACAUCAGCUGCUGUGCCCAUUAUUGAGCCCCUAAACGGGCCAAAAGCCACGGCAACCAUCCAGAUCAAAAGCUACAGCGUCUCUGAUGAUGUUUCCGAUGUGAAACCUACAGCAAAACCCAAAGCUGCUGCAGGAACCGACAACGUGGGGGAGCUGGAGAAAAAUGUGUUGAGUAACCUCGAGGCGAAUGCCUCGUCUCUUCAGCAAGGACAAGAACGCAGGGUAGUUCGUUCCGUUAAAGUCAUUGGCGACACGGAUCACACGGUAUCACUAAACUGGCGCGCGCCCACUGCGACCAACACCACGUCAUUCAGCGUUCUGUAUGCUGUGUUCGGUGAGCGAGACAUGCGUCGCAUUAAUGUCGGGCCGGGCAAGAAUCGCAUCACAAUCGAAGGGUUGGUGCCCAAAACCAAGUACAUCGCAUGCGUGUGUGUGAAAGGACUCAUUCCCAAGAAAGAGCAGUGUGUGAUUUUCUCUACGGACGAGGCGGCCAGUGCCAGCGGCACACAGAAACUCAUUAACGUUGUCGUCAUCACAGUCGCGUGUGUCAUCGCCGUUCCUCUGACGCUCAUCGUGUGCUGCGGCGCACUAAAGAGAAGGUUGCAAAAACUGCUCGGCAGAAAAUCGAAAGACAUUCAAGAUACGUAUGUAACAUUUGAGACUCUUUCUCCAGGAACUAAAGAUAAAGGUUUAGAGGGACAAUAUCUGAGCAGACUCAACCUGGAUGAAUCAAACCGCCUGCUGUCCGCUCGCUCUAGUGUCGACUCAGAGGCCACGGCCAGGACUGAAGGACAACCGAACGAGUACUUCUGCUGAUUAAACAAUGAUAUUCACCCUCAUUCAGACUUAUCUUGUGCCUCGUGCACUGUUGGGCUAAAGGACACUUUCAGUAUGUGUUUGUAAACAUAAAUACUGUACACAUCGAUGUCAAUCCUGAAAGUUUAGUAUUCAAAAAUGGAAGAAUUAUUACACAAGAAUGAAAUAAUGUCUUUAUUUUUAUUUAUCAUGCACUUUUUGAAGUAUUGAUUUAUAUACAGUAUAUAUAUGAAUGUGUGUGUGUGUUUCGCAGUGGAAUGUCUGUCUAUCACAUGUAAAACCCAUCUCUCUAAAGAUACAAUUUGAGGAGUGAAAACGUGUCUCUGUUUGGAUCUUCUGACAAUGUUAAAGAAACUCAGAAAGAGGUUGGUAAAGUGCACUGUUUAUAAUUUUUUUUUAAACUUAUUUUCCUUUAUAUCUUUAUCUUGUCACUUGGUGUACCAGGGUGACUGUUUGUCACAUUAACCCUGAAACUGUACUUGUAAUCUUCCAUAUAAGGUAUAUAUAUAUAUAUAUAUAUUUAUAUGUGUGUGUACGUAUUAGCAAAUAUUUGUGUUUUAAAAUAUGAA